AUGUUUGAACCACCGGCAUACAUUCCUGUGACUGCUGCUCGAUCUGACUUAUUUCGCAGCCCGCUUGUCAAGUCCGGUGCUUCUGCUUGUGGCACAGGACGGUUAUACGUUGCCAGAGCGACCAGUAGCCUGAGGAGUUCAGGGCACCGGGCGCGCGUUCGACCACUGCAUUGUUCCUCGGGACUGAGGAUGCUUCUGCGGGGGUUUCCCAACCCCGGAGCUUUCAACUCCGACGGAAAACGGCGAAUUAUUGAAGAACUUGUGCAGUUUCCCACAGAAUUUGAGUUCAAAGUUGUUGGCCUGCGGCAGGGCGACUUUACCGAUGACGUCGUGGGACUCGUUGCCGGUGCGCUGCAGCGCGCAGAAAACCUCGACGUUCGCAACACCACCAGCCGAGACGACCGCGUACGAAUCACCAAGGUGAGAGAUCGAGGCAAGUACCGCUCACUAACGAUUGUUGCGUUCUGUGAGACCGGUGCUCAGGUAUACAGCGUGUACGAGGCUUUAGAGCGCGACCCGCGAGUCCUGUUCAAAUUCUGA